UGGUUAGCCGGGGUGUGCCCCUUACUGAACAAUAUUCUGCUUUCUUACAGGAGGAGGCGCCGGCUUUCCCACUUAGACCCAGCCCUAGCGGAAAGGCUGCUCAAAUUGGAUAAAAUCCUAACAGAAAUGGGAAAAAUGGAGAUGCAGCUACUGACCACACCCAGACGAGAGCGCAUGGUGCUUAUGAAGCAGUUGGAGGAGACUCGGUUAGAGAUUGCGAGGUUGAGGGUGGAGCAGAAGGAGAAGUCUCUGGCAGCUGAGGCUCUUGAGAAAUCAAACAACUCACACUUAGAGUUGUCCGAUUCCAGCGUGAGCGAGAGCAUUUUCCGGGAGCCUAUGAUGACUCGCUCCGCUGCCAAGACCAAGAAAGUGCUCCGUGUCCUGCCACUGCAUGGUACGAAACUUGGAGUCUUCACAGUUGAGGAACAGCUCUCUGGCACAAGCCUGGCUAGAGAUUUCAAUCUAAACACCAAAGAAGAAGGGAUCAUAGUAAUUGAGAAGAAAACGCAGGGAACCCCCACAGGCUGCGAGAACAUGCCUGGCUGGGAGUUGACUCUGCGGACAGAUCUGCUCCAGAAUGGCCGAGAGAAGCUUCUGAAUCUGCUGAAUGAAGGCUCGAUAACAGAGCUCAAGUCCUUGCAGAAGAUUUGGGACAAGAAGGCCAAGCUCAUUGUGGGUUGGAGGGAGGUCAACGGCCCAUUCAAAAACUUGGAGGACCUGGCCUCUAUAGAAGGGAUAUCUGCCAAAUUUGUCGACAUAUUUUUAGAGGCCAACAUCCUGAGAAUAGUAGCAAGAUGAAGACGCCCCAGGACCCUUCACUUCUCACUGAGAAGCCUUCACCUCAUGGAUUCUAUGAAACCUCUUAUUCGACUGCCUCGUGUACAUUCCUAUAGUCUCCACCAACCCCCUGGUACAUGAGGCUAGUGGGGGGCCUCCUUGUGUUCCACCUCUCAUUGUGACUCUUUACCCUCCUCAGUGUGAGGUCGGCGAUGGCAGGAGCGUUGUCUUAUUUUUGGAUUAUUUUUAUUAUCAUUUUUUAAUGUAUUUGGUUGAAUCUGUGCAGUGAGCCGCCCCCCACCCCACACAGGCAUCAUACAGAUGUGUCUAUAGGAUCUCCAUAUACUUACACCAUGUAACCACUGUUGUAUAUAAGAUGAAUCAGUUUAGGCAGACUGAACAGACCGCCCUGGGUAGAAAACGUAGCCCCGGCAGCCUGGGCCACACAGGGGAGUAAUGCAGGUUAAAGUAUAAUGUAAGUUAUUUGCUCAUCUGUAUGGAUCCUGUGUGUCCAGAUACUGGGUCAAUAUGAGCUGCGGCCACUGAAGUCUAUUUUACUUGUUUUACUCUAGCCAUAUGUCCUGGCAAUGAAACGUGGAGGUUUUUGCGAAGC